AUGUCCGCAAUAACACCUCGGCGUUCAACGCGUAUUCCGCAUACGCACACGCCGAAAAUGUCAGAGAGGAAAAAAGGACUGUUUCAAGGAGAAUGUGAACCAGCUAGAGAUUCUCUGACUAAACACAGACAUUUACCGGUCGUAGAUAGCGAAAGUGAUAGUGAAGACUGCGACCUAGGCAUCAUCAGCACUUUGGAUUCCAGUUCUGGAGAAGACAAUGAUGUUAGCACCCCUAAAAGACUUGGAAGAACUCUAUGGCCGGAAUCUAGCCAGAAAAAGCUACUGAAAGAAAACCAUGAUCUGAAGAACUUUAUUAAAUCGCCGUUUACACUUAAGAAAUAUCAGACUCGUUAUUCAUGUCCAGACGGGAAAUGUUCAGGGUCUGCAUCUACUCCUGCUACCCCACACUUCCACCAUCACCCUGGCACUCCUUCGUCUACACAUUCUUGUGCAAGUGUCCACACAACAUCAUCUACUUCAAGUCGUGCAAGAAAAAGUCUUGCAAGUCUCAUUGCUGAUACGGAAAGCUGUAGUAGCUCUUUAAAAGAUUUAAACUUUGACACUGACUCUGGUACAGACUCAAAAGAAAACACCCCUUCAAAAGGUUUACGUAGAUCAGUAAGAAAAUUGAAAACACCACAGACAAAUAGUUUCAAAGGUGUUCUUGUUGAGCAAAGGAAGAAUGUGACUCCUAUGAAAACUGCCAUAGUGUGUCUCACAAAAAUGGAUAUGAGCAACAUCAUAUCACCCACACAAAUGCUCAAAACACCUCAUAAUACAAUUGAAGUCAGCCAAUCUCCACCAAAACUGGGUCACAACAGACGUUCUAUAGUUGAAAUUGAAGAAAGCCCUGAAUCUGUAUUUGACAAUGAUAAAAGUCACAAAAGACUUCGAAAUGACAGUAUGACAGAAUCCGGCCCUCAUUCUAAGUAUCCAAGGUUGGACAAUACAGUUCCCAAAGCCCGUUUGUCACUUUUUAAUAGUGAUCGAUUGAAAGAAAUCCUCUCUGCUAAGUCAUUUUAUGGUAAAAGUAAUCCAGAGCUCAAUACCAAUGUCACUGCUAAAAUAUCUAAGGCCAUAGAAGUCACAAAUACUCAUCAUCGCCGUCCAUUCACCCACUCACGUUCAAAUAGACGUAAACGAAGACCAGAUAAGCCAGAUCCAUUUGACAAAGAGAAGCAGACUAUAGAAGAACUCCUUAGUCAGUGGAAUGAAGAAGAAAUUCCUGAAUCUGAACUUUCCAUAACCAAGAAGAAGUCUGAAGUACCUUGCUUUAAUAGCUCGGUCAUAGAAGAGACAAAUGCUAUAUUUCAACCAGUCACAGCUAUACCUGUGCCUGUUCAGAGUAUUCCACACGACAAAGAGGCAGUUAUUGUAGAAUUAGGAUCUAAACAAAUGUUAAUGUCAAAAGAGUCAUUGCCUGCUCAAGAGACAGUUGUGCAAGAUGUUGUGAUGUCAGAGCCUGAAAGUUAUAAAGAAAGUCAUGGAGAUGUACCAAAGAAUGGACAGUUCUUGCCAGUGGAAGGUGGAUACAUAUUUGUAGGCGAUAAUGCAGCACCAGAACAAGAAGAGUUGCCGGACUUAGAUGAGAUUGAGCGUGAGCUAAAAAUGCUAGAUGAACAAAUUCUCAAGAUGGCUCAGUCGAAUAACAUUAAUGCUGAAGCAGUCCUUGCUUCCACAGAGACUAUACCUGCUCCAAUUGCCUCCGAUGUACCGUCGACUUCAACAUCUAUAGAUGCGCCUCAGAAACUUUUCCCCAUCUUUAGUAAUCCAAACCCUGGCACCACAACACCCUCUAGCAAAGGUUAGUGAAUCAAUUCAAUAUUGAAUUGAGAUUGUAUGAUCUUUUGAAAAGAUUAUUAAUCUUGAGCUUCUUUGCGUUUCGGAAGGCAAAUUCAGGUGUUGGUGAUUUGCUACUGAAAUAGUCUGCCUGUUAGAAAAUAGAAAAAUAUUAAAUACGUAUUUUUUUUUGCUUCAUUUUAAACAAGAAUUGGCUACGUCACAGUUUUGUAGAAAAUGUACAAAAGCGUGACGACAUGGGACUUGUAUCGCUGUAAUUUAUUGAUUACGCAAAAAGUACAUAUUUAAUAAUCUACCUGACGCGUAAAGUUUGUAACCUGAAAUUUACGCUGAGAGUGCUCUUUGUAUUAGUCAAAAUUCAUAUUAUUAAACAGAGACUUAACAAAGGUUAACCUCGUACGAGGUUCUACGGGAAUAAUAUUUUCUCCUAGAAGGUAGUAGAUUUGCUUAUUCUCUGUAUAAUAUGAAUAUGGACUAAUACUAAAAUUGCAAUUUUAGCGUAAAUUUACUCUGACGUUGAACCUUGUUUAUGAGUAGCACUGAUAGAAUGUACUCAGGUAUUUUCCAACACACAUUUCCUAUUAAUUUCCCCAAUUUAUAGAUGUUGAUGAUGAUUUAAAUACAGGAACUUCAGAGAAGGUGAAGAAGUUGCUGAAGAACGGUAGUGAUCAAUACGGAUGGAAGGAGGAAUGCGUGGUGGAACAGUGGAAUACCGGUCGAUGUAUAAGAGUCCGAGGCGGUGAGAAUGGAUGGAAACGAGUAGACAGUAUACUAAGACGUAUACUGCAUCCUCAACUUGGAUAUGGAGAGUCACUGCCGUCUAGCAACACUCAACAAUACACGGCGAUCCUGACUGUUGUAGUGUUGAAGAGUAUUCGGUCAAGUAAGUUUUAUUUGUUUAUAACGCUUUGCCCACUUAGUCCUGUAUUAUACAUAUCACUUUUCUUCAAUUCAAUCACUCUUUAUAUGAAUGAUAAUCGCAUCAAAAUCAGUUGUGUAGUUAAAAGAUCUCAGCAUAUGAAUGGCGAAAUAGAUCUUUUGUAUAUAUCUGUCUCAUUUGCUUCUCUAUUUCGUCUCAUGUUCUCACCAUCUUAUUUGGCUAAUAUCAUAUAUACUUACUAAUAUUGUAAAGAGGAAAUAUUCAUUGUUUAUUUGCAUUGAAUAGGCUCUUAAACUACUGCACUGGUUUCAAAAAUUCUUAACCAUACACGUUUGACGUAGACUAUAAUUUACACUGGUAAAGUCGCGGACACCUGAUUUAAUAUAUGAAACAUUGUCUUCAGGUGCGGCGUAUCUCGUCUAUGGGUACAUAUAAAUCAUAGACGUCGCGGCGUAGCAUACCGCAUGUUGGAAUGCGCACGCGCAUCAUUUCUGUAUGGAGCUGCGCUCAAAUUGACAGAUAUUGCUUUCAGCGCGCCCACUGCUAACGGCAAGGCGUUCGCUACAAAAUACUUUGGAACAGAAAAUUUUUACGUGUAUUUAGACUGA